GCAGUUAAGGUUGAGCCAAGUUCACCUGUGAUCAACAAAUCGAACCAAAAUAUCUUCAAAAUUUCAAGUAUAAAAUAGCUAAUUGUAAGCAAUGCCAUUAAUUGAUAACAAAAAAAUGGAGCUCAACUCUCCUGAAAAUUGUCGGACGUGUGUUGACUUCAAGACAUGGACGAAACAACAGAGAAAAGCUUUGUCAACCUCUGAGAAAAAAGAUGUAAAGAAACAAGAACAAACAGAGCCUCCAAGACGAGAUGAUUGUCCUUGGGAUAAGGACGCAUUGGGCAGAUCAACAUGGGGUCUUCUACAUACCAUGGCAGCAACUUUUCCGAAUGAACCUUCAUCACAACAACAAAAUGACAUUAAAGGCUUCUUCCAUAUACUUUCGAGACUUUAUCCUUGUGAAUACUGUGCAAAAGAUUUCAGAAAAGAAUUGAAAGAACAUCCACCGCAAGUUAAAUCUCAACAAGAACUUUCACAAUGGCUUUGUAAAUUACACAACAAAGUCAAUGUAAAGAUAGGCAAACCUGAAUUUGAUUGUUCAAAAGUUAAUGAACGAUGGCGUGAUGGUUGGUUGGAUGGAUCAUGUGAUUAACUUUCUUAAACUUUUUGGUGUUUUUGAGUUAGAAAAAUUUGAUUUUAGUAAAUAAAAACGAAAUAAUUUUUUAAAUGUGA